AUGUUCGCCUCGCGCGCCCGCCACCUUCUCCUCAGCAUACGACCCGCCAACCACGGCAUCCUCCUCUGCGGCCCGACCUCCCACGCAUCCCCUCCCGGGUGCGUCGUCGGCGCGCAGCGCCACUACAACCACCACCAGCUGCAGCAGAAGGAGGACGAGUGGGAGGAGUCCAAGGCGGUGAAGGUGACGGUGUGGUGGGAUUUCCAGAGGUGCCGCCUCCCUCGCGGCGCCAGCCCGCGCCACCUCGCCCCGCGCGUCACGGAGGCGCUGCGGCGCGCCGGCAUCCGCGGGCCCAUCGAGAUCACCGCCUUCGGCGACGUCGGCUGCAUCCCGCCCUCCGAGCAGGAGGCGCUCGCCGACACCGGCGUCGCCUUGUCGCACGUCCCUUCCAGUGGAAAGGAUGGUUGUGAUCGAUCAUUCAUGUCUGAUCUUAUCUCUUGGAUUGCUCAGAACCCUCCCCCAUCUCAUUUCUUCCUUCUAUCCGGGGAUAAAGACUUUGCAAACAUCCUGCAUCGUCUUAGGAUGAGCAAUUAUAACGUAUUGCUUUCUUGCCCUGAUUCUGGCUCCAAGAUGUUAUGCAGUGCAGCAACAUAUCUGUGGGAAUGGGAGGAUCUAGCUAAAGGGGUGGAUCUCAAACCCAAGUAUUUAAAUCAUCCACCUGAUGGUUUAUCCUCUUCUUGGUAUGGUCGAUGCAGUGAACCUGGCCGUGACUUUCUCCUGAAACCAAAGAACCCCAUGGCUUUACCAAGGAAAACCAAGGAACCUAACGUUCCCAAAUCCGCUGUUGUUGGAAUUAAGAGAGUGCUGCGCUUUUAUCCUCAAGGGAUCAGUGUUUCAGACCUAAGAAGAGAGCUUAAAAGGAUUCAUGUGAAUAUUGAUGCAAGUGCAUUUGGCUUCAAAAAUUUCUCUGCUCUUCUCCUAGCCAUGCCUGAUGUUGUGAAAUUUAUAGAUCCUCUACCAGGUGAUAGAGGUGCAGGUGCAGAAGCUGCUGUGGUUGGGGUUUUCAAGAGAUCAGGGGAUUCUGCUCGAAGUAGCAUUCCAGAAAAAUGCCACAAGGAAGGUGAAAGUGAGGAGACAUCACCAUGUACAGAAAAGAGAACACUUCAAACGGAAGUCCCAUCAUCCCCAUCAGAUCAGCCAUCUAGAGACAACAGGAAAGCUCUUGGAUUUACUCAACGACCGGAGCCACCUUCCAAACAUGUGGAAGCUGAUGUUACUCGGGCUGGGGAUGUUCCAGCACCACCAUCUGAUGCACCACCUGUAGACCAAAGGAAUGAUGUGGCUGUUGAUCCUGUUAUGCAAACAGAACGACCAGUUAGCUCGAUGGAAGCUGAUAAGGUGAAUGCUGUUGAUGCUCCUUCCUCGUCAGGGGGGCAAGGGAAGCCGAUUGCCAACGGGAAUGAGGCGCUGCCUUAUUUUCCUAUCGAAGACCAUGUCGAUGCUUAUGGGCACAGCAAAUCAGUUGCUGAACAGUUGGUACUGAAGAGUAAUGGGCAGCCAGCAAAAAGUGAUAAAAGUACACGUCUUUAUACAUGUGUGAUUCGCCCUGCUGCUAUAUAUGGGCCAGGUGAAGAGCGUCACCUUCCAAGAAUCCUGUCCCUUGCAAAGUUGGGAUUAGUAUUCUUCAAGAUUGGGGGCCCAGAUGUCAAGACAGAUUGGGUCUAUAUCGAUAAUCUAGUUCUUGCUCUGAUAUUGGCAAGCAUGGGACUUUUAGACGACAUUCCUGACAGGAAGGGAACCCCUGUAGCAGCUGGAUCACCAUGCAAUACUUUUGAAUUUAUCGUCAGCCCCCUAUUUCAGAGUUUGGGUUAUGCUGCUCCUCAAGUGACACUGGAUACCUCUGUCGCCCUUGCCAUUUCAAAAAUAUUUUUAUUCAUAUCUACACUGUUCUAUCCAUGGCUAGAUAGUAAAUGGAUCCCACAGCCUCUGAUUCUUCCUGCUGAAGUGUACAAGGUUGGUGUUACACACUACUUUUCUUUCUUGAAAGCUAGAGAAGAACUCGGCUAUGUACCUAUGGUGAGUCCUCGGGAAGGCUUGGCUGCAACUAUCUCAUAUUGGCAGGAGCGGAAGAGAAGGGAACUAGAUGGCCCAACCAUAUUUACUAGGUUGGCUGUAGCAAUCGGGUUGCUGGCUGUAUUUUCUUCUGCUUGUCUUCCACCAAUUGGCCCGUUGAAAUUGGUGCUUGACAUCCAUUUGUUUGUUUUCCGCUCAAUGCUAGUGAUCCGGCUGGUCUUUGUGACAGCAGUUGCAUUGCAUCUUGGUGAAGCUGUGUAUGCCUGGUUCUUGGCCAAAAAGGUCAGCUCCCUGGACACUGUCAUCUUCCUCAGUUCAAGACUUCAGAUGGCUGCAUCACAAAUCACUAUGCCACUAUGGUUUUGCUUCACUGUUGCUGUGGCUGUGCUCCUCGAAUGCAGCAAACUAGUUGCCGUGAUGCCUUCGUAUGCCACGUGGACGUGGCUCAAAGGCCACGACGCUAUCCUGAUACGCUGGAAGGAGCCGGACAAGGGUCAGACAAGAGGAUCGGACAUAUCGCGGGAUUUGAUUCAUUACUACUUCAUGAGCACGGAUAGAUGA